AUAAACGUCUGUCAAACAUCGGAAAAGUUUUGAUAGACAGACGAUUAAUUAAAUCAGUGCAAAAAACUGGAAAAACUCCUCCCUGCUUGCGAAAAUUGUGAAAAUCUUUAACCGCGGACGAUAAAACCAUUCGCUUCCAACUUCGCAAAUACGCAACUCCUCAGGUUUGAUAUCAAUUCGUGGUGAUUUCUGUUUUAAGUGCUGGUCAAGGGAAGUUUUCGCCGCCGGGCAAAAGAGAAGUGGUGGUGAAAAAACAACAACAAAGACGGUGGAUCGCUCCGGUGGUGGCGGCGCCCUGCGUCAGGCAAUGGCCUCGGUGCGCAUUCCCGAGCAGAAAGUGAUCCUAUGCGGCGAGUACGGCGUUGGGAAGAGUUCCAUUUUUCGGCGGUUCGCCACCAAUAAUUUUGUGACGGCCACGGACCGGAAGUCCACCCUGGGGCUGGACCAUUACGAUCGGAGUUUUGCCGUGGGGGAUAAGGCGAUUAAGCUUCAACUGUGGGACACCGGCGGUAUGGAGCGGGUCGCAUCCGUCACGUCCAGCUACUACAAAUUUGCGGAAGCGGCGCUGCUGGUGUUUGCGCUGGACAAUCCGGCGUCGUUCCAUUCGCUGUCGCAGCACAUGCUGGACGUGGUGACCUAUGCGGAGAAUGCGAAAAUUUUUCUAGUCGGAAACAAAGUGGACGUGGAGCAGAGCUCCGGCGGAGAGCCGGAAGUGUCCGAUGCGGACAUGGAAUCGUUCUGCGAGCAGUGCCACAGUUUGAUCAGUGCCACCUACAAGACGUCGUGCAAGACGGGUGAAGGCCUGGAGGAUAUGUUCCAGGAUAUUGCGAACAGUUUGGUGGAAUCGAAUCGGUCCCGGUUGGAGCUGCAGGCGCUGGAUACCCAUGGGUUUAAGAUCGAACCGCCGGAGGAGACAGGAGAACCGUCUUGUCUUUGCUAGUAUUUCGUGCCCUAAGUGAAUUAGGGCAGAGGAAAUCGAAAUCAAACCACAAUCAGGUUGUUUUACACCGAGGGGAAUUUGAGCGAGCAGCAAGGCCGUCCGGACACGUAUUGGGGAUAUCUCUGGUAGGGUGAAAAUUCGGGAGUAAUUCGCGAAUAGGGCGUAACUAACAAAGCAAUAACAAUGCGAAAACAACAGCCGAAUUUUGCUGAUCAAAUUUUAAUUCCUAUUUAGAAGUAAUACAGAAUAAUUCAACUUAAAUAAGGUUAAUUGAUAUAGUUCUGACAUAGUUUCUUGUUUUUCUAAGAACACUGCACGAAUUUGAUAUUUUUUGCACUAAAAAUUGCAUUUAUUUAAUUACGCCUGAAUUGAUACCUGAGAAUGCUAAUUUCGCCCAAUACUAUACACCUCGAAUCGAUAUCAUUUUCAGAAUCGCCUUUUACUAUUCGCCUUGUUUAUGAUUUUGACAGAAUUUCGCCAUUUGCUUUCGCCGUGUUUACGUUUUGAUUUCAGUUUCGCCUUCUACUAUCGCCGUGUUUACGUGUUGAUUUCAGUUUCGCCUUUCACUUUCGUAAACAAAACACCAAACAAAACAAAGGAGUAGAAGGCGUAAUUCUUGUUUUUGUUCGUUUGGAAUAGAAUGGGAUUACGCCUUUCACUCAAUCAGUGAUUUUCAAUAGUUAGAAAAGUGAUAUCAAGGAAACUUUGUGAGCAUUUAGAAGACAAAUCUAGCUUCUUUUCACUCCUGCAAUUACUCAAAUUGUGUACAUUUUGUUGGUUACGGCUAUUUCGCUAAUUAUUACGGAAUUGAUCUUGUGCAUUGUGAUUCAAUUGUAGGGAUUUAGAGUGUAGAGUAGAUGUUUCGAACAGUUUCAUGGAAGGUAAAUUUUUGUGAGCUUGUCCAAAUUGCAUGUGUUUGCAGUUCGUUAUUACAACUUUUGCGUACCAUUGCCAUUCAUGAUUCUAAAAUUUUCGGAUUUUUGGGUAUUCAAAUACAGUGUUGUAACUAUAUUUAUACGCAGAACUACCAACGGAAUUUGGCUCUCGUGUGGAUUUUAAGUGGACUUGUUUUUUUACAACAUUUCUAGUUAUGUUUCUAACCAGUGUGUGGAUUUUUAUCGCGAACCACUGAAUGGUCCAUACUCAGCAAGUGAUACAUUCACGAAUGUAACAUUUCGUGAACCGACAUGCUCGGGAACGCUCCUCGAAAUGCUGUUCAUUCUCUUGUCCGGUUCGAUACGAGAGCGCAAUCAAGAGAGAAGAUGCUCGAUGACGCUAAUGAAAGCGAUGCAUUCGGUAAGAAUAAUUUAUUGUCAUAAUUCUUUUUUAUUGUGACUUCACAACUUGCAAUGUCAUGAAUACAGUUAAAUUAAAUAGUAGUUCAUUUUUUUAAAGCGAAAACGCAUUAAAUACUGAUAAAAAUAACGAUUAUUCACAGUUGUCCCAAGCCAACGAUGAGAGAUCAUCGGUAAGUGUUACACUUAGCGAUACCCGCUCAUCGCCGCAGCUUGCCUAUAUCGGAGUAUCUUCUUUGUGUUCCUUCGUGAACCAUGCGACUCGACGAGAGAACAUACACCGCUUGGUACCGUCAAACGGGGUGACUUGCAACGGCGGGGUGACUUGCAACACUUGAUGUCUUCUGUCUAUGUUUAUCAACAAAACAUAAAAAUCGGACGUUUACAUACCAAAACUCAGUUGAACUAUGAAGUUUACAUACUAUCUGAGUAGUAGCCACGAUUUUUUACUUUUAUGAAAAUAGUUCCAGCAAAACAUUCAUAAAUUUAACAUUAGUCUGAAAAAGUAACAAAAAUGUGAGCCUCGAAUCGUUACCUGCAAAAGAAUGAAAAUAAAAUUUCCCAAAAAUAAUAUUCUAUAUGCGGAUUCUAUACAUAAUGAGCUAUAUGAAUUUCCAUUUUACUUUAUAAAAAUAUUACAAUAUCUUCGUCAUAUUCAUAUGUUUUGAAAUAUUGUACCUAGACGGGGUGACUUGCAACACUCAUUUUCUUAACAAUUCAAAGUCCAGAAAAACGAAAUAUUGUUGUUUAACUAAUAAUUCACCAGCAAAAGUCUGAAGGAUCAUUAUAUGAACUGAAAAACACAUUAAAACUUAUGUUAAAUUAACAAUUAGUAACUUGGUGUUUUUGAGCCCAAUAUUUCCAUAUAAAAAUUCACAAUUCAAUUUCCUAUGUAAAAACAAAUGUAUAAAUAAGUAUGUCAGCCCAAACGAUAUCACAAUAGUAGUAAGAAUACUUAUCAAGUAUGCUUGAAACUAAAAAUUAUUAUCUGCGUGUUAGAAAAGGGAUUUACAUUUGGUGUUGCAAGUCACCCCGCACGACGUCUUGUAUCAAAAACGACCUUAUUUGGCUUUUUCAACAUGAAAAAAUAAAUCAAUCUAUAACUUGUUCAUUCUAUUUCAUAGAGGGGCCGGCUAUUAAAACUAUUACAAAUAGUUUGAAUUUUAAAAUUAAGUUUAAUCAACAUUUUUUGUUAGUUGAAGUUGAAAAGUGUUGCAAGUCACCCCGUUUGACGGUAAUUGAAACAGAACCAGCAGAAGGGAAGAAAAACUGCCGAGUGGUUCACUUAUCACUUUUUCGUCCAAACACUGUUUCUAAAAUCAUUGCACUCUCUAUCCUUUGUGCACUGAUUGCAAUCUCUUCAGGUAUUCAUUUAUUAAUCCAGAAAAUACUAUAUGUAUGAUCUUUACCAGGGUGCAUCCUCGGAAUUCUCAAAGGAUUUCUUCUGAUAUGAAUAUAGAGAUCCUUGUAAAUGAAUUGCUAUCAAAUCUUCCAGGAUUUUUUAAACUAUUCUGCCCCUGCCCUGACUCGCAUAACAAUUCCAUCUUUGAUGGGUUAUUAUUCAUAUAUUAUAGGUACAUAGGACUAUUAUGCGAGUGAAAGCAAUGCCUCGCUCUCAUUUUUUUUCAAAGAUAAAAUAAACUAUUAAAAUAUUAAACUAUUAAAGAAAUUUCUUUCGAAAUGUCAGAUUUUCCAAUUCCUGUAGUAACAUUGGAAGGAACUGCUAGAGAAACUUUUCAAAAGUAUGUAUGACGAAAUUUCUGUCGAAAUUUUUGGAUGAUGGAAUGUUUUGUGAAUUUGGCUGACACUCCUCAAAAUAUUUCUCUAAAGAAUCUCUACCAUUACUCCUUCCUUAUUACUUUUGUUACAUGUAUCUUCAUAUAUUGCCUAAUUGUAAUUUUCAAAAAUUUCUAAAAUCAAAAAUGUUAAUUCCAAGAAUCUUUUAACAUAUAUUUUUAUACAUUCCUGAAUGUAUGAUAAAUCCCUGCAAGAAUUGAAAGUAAAAUAAAUCCUGGGAAAUCCCAGUAGUGGUAUCUAAGAGAAAUUACGGGAAGAAUUCCUGGGGAAGUCCCUAAAGAAUUGAGGAAUUUGGAACUGACAGGGUGUCUACUGUCAGGAAAAACCGGGGAAACCACAGGGAAUUCUAUUGAACAGGGACAAACCUGGAAUUCUUAAGGAAUAUCAGGAUUGAGUGGUAUGAAUAACAAGUUUCAAACUUUACUGCUACUAGAUCUACUCAGAAGUUGCGUUCACAGUGUUUACUACAUUGUUGGAGGUUGGAAUUAAUCUAGAAAUACCGUCACAAGGAUGUUUUCCAGGAUUUCUGACAGGAUUCCUUCCGUAUUUUUCAUGCCAUUUUUCUUGGUAUCCUUUUUUUCGAAUUCCUUCCGGAGAUUCCUUCGGAUCUCUACUGGCAUUUUUCCAAAAUUCGAAUUCUUUCCUGGAUUCUUCCUUGAGAAUUUUCCGAGAUUCCUGUAUUUUUGCCGAUUUCUGCUGAAGCUUUUCACGGAGAUCCUACAAAGAAAAUCCAGAGAGUUCAUCGGUUUUGCUCCCAUAGUCCCUCGUAUGAUUUUCCCAUAGAAAAUUUCGCGGGAUUUCUUUCAUGAUUUCAUGAUUCGAGAUAGGGCCCAUAUAGCCGAGGCGGUAAACGCACGGGUAUUCAGCACGACCAUGCUGAGGGUGACGGGUUCGAUUCCCGGUCGGUCCAGGAUCUUUUCGUAAAGGAAAUUUCCUUGACUUCCUUGGGCAUAGAGUAUCUUCGUGCCUGCCACACGAUAUACGCAUGCAAAAUGGUCAUUGGCAGAGGAAGCUCUCAGUUAAUAACGAAGUGCUCAUAGAACACUAAACUGAGAAGCAGGCUUUGUCCCAUGAGGACGUUACGCCAAGAAGAGAGAGAGAGAUGAUUCGAGAUCUCCACAAGAGUUUCUCUCAAGAUAUAUUGCAGGUGUUUUCACAGAAUUUCUCCCAAAAUUUAACUUGGGAUUCCUCUUGCAGAUUUUUGUGCGAUUCCUUCCAGUGUUUCUCAUGAGUAGAUCUUCUCGAGUUUUCUUCCAAAGUUGCUGCAGGAGUUAUUGAUGGAGCACUUGCAAGGAUUUCUUAAGGAGUUUUUCACGAAUUUUCUGCGGGAGCUCUUGUCGGGAUUUCAUCCCAAGUUUCUCCUGCAAUUUCUUCAAAAAAAAAAAUCAAUUGGCUUCCUUCAAAGUUUCGUCCUGGAUGUCUACAGGAGUUUCAGCUGGAAAACUUUUUUAAAGUUUUUUUUAAACCUUCACCUGAAAUUUUUCUCGAAGUUUGUCCCGGUACUUCUCUCAGAAGAUUCCUUGCGGCAUUGGUCUUGGGAUGUCUCUCGGAUGAUUUUCUGAAUUUAUCCUCCCAAGUUUUUUUGAUUGCCUUUUGGGAUUUCUCAUGGAGUUGUUCUUGUGAUUUCUUUCGGACCUUUUUCUAUAGGAUUUUCCUCGUUCUAUUCCCAGAGAUUUUCUCGAAAUCCUUACCAAAAACUGUUCCAAAAUUCUGGAUGCUCAUUUUUUGAUUUCCAGUUAUUGCAGAGAUACUUCUAUAGGAGUUUUUCUUGGAAUAUCUUCUGGGAUAACUUACUAAAUUCCUUGUAAGACAUUCCCGGAGAAAUAUCGGAAAGUACCCAGGUGAAAUAUUGCGAGAAACCUUUCAAACAUCCAUUGGAAAAAUACGAGAAGUAGUUUGGAAUGAAUCCAACGAAAAACUGGGAUAUCUCGGGGAAAAAAUUGGGAGCAGAAAAUAUUAAGGAAAUUUAAGGAGGAACCCCAAAAACCUUCAUGAGAAAUCCUGGGAGAAACUGUGGGCGAAACAUAGGGAAACUCUCUAAAAGAAAUCCCUGGAAGAACUUCUGCAAGAACCUCGCAGAAAUCCUGAGAGAAACUGUUGGAAAGCUUUACCGGAAAACCUCUUAGGGAGCAUCCAUUAAGUACGCCACGCCAUAAUUUGGAAUUUUCGAACCCCGUCCCCCAUUCGUACGGGUUUUUCCUAUACUUAAGACAUUGCUUGUCACACUAUCAAACCCUAACCCCUUCCCCCUCUAAGUGUGACGUACUUUAUGGAUCACCCCUUAGAGAAAUUUCUUAAGGAACUUUGGACAAGUUUUGGAACGAUCUCCGGGAAGAAUCCAGCGAGAAACUUGAGAAAAGCUAUGAAAAAAAAUCUGGGAGGCACCCCAGCAGAGACCCAAAUAUUCUGAGAGAAAUCUGUAGUAGAAAUCCCAAGAUCAAUUCUCCGAAAUCCCGAAAGAAUACCGAAAAAUCUCUUGUGAAGUUAUUCAUCUGAAUAGCCAAAAUAAUCAAUCGGUACCACCAUUUACUUAUACUCAAACUUGCUGAAAUACUAUCGUAAUUUCCAGUUUUCCAUUGGAUUUUCAUCGAGAUCGCAACAUAACUACAUCUCCAGCACAUAUGUACAUACAACAGACAUCCAAGUCCAGUUUCAAAACUGUGUUAGCAAUUGAACCACCAUUCAACGGCCAGGUCAGAAGGUCUGUGGAAUUGUGGAUUGGAUUUCCUGAAUGUUUUGCCUGAUUUUUUUUUGACAUUUCUUAUUAAAAAAAAGUUUUCGGUGGAAUUGUCGCAUCAAUUUCUUGCAAUAAACCCAAAUGAAUUUUGAGACAAAUCUGGAUAUAUUCCAAAGCCGAUCUUUGUUUUGCUUUCGAAGGAGUUUAGCAAAAAAAGUACUUGGAAGAAUUCAGCUACUGUUCGCGUAGAGACUUGCGUAUUUUACUUUCACUAAUUUUUUAAAUCAAUAAAUUUAACUAAAAUUUCAGGUUUUUUUAAUUAUAUAGUUUAAAAAUUUCCCCUUGGAAAAACUUGGAAAACUGUCAGGGAACUUUAUUUUGUUUUAUGAGUAGACACCCUGAUUUGAGUUUUUGAAGAAAAUCUUGACUCUAGUACGGAAAUCAUGGAAACAAAUCAAUAUUGGUCUUCUGGCAUUUUUCAGAGAUCUUUAGCAGAUUCCCUGGGGGAUUUUUACCAGAAGUCUAACUGUGUAAGAAUUUCGUACUAUUCGUUUGUAGACAUUCGUAUCUUCGUAUCUUUGUUUUUUUUUUCAAAAAAUCUUUAGUCUAAAUGAGGGUUUUAUAUCCCAGUUUUUUUUUAUAAAUUACUCCUCCAAGAGUGUUUUGCGCAUUCGCUAUACAGUAAACGUUCGAUAACUGCAACCACAGAGAACAGACAUCCAAGUCCAGUUCCGAAACUGUGUAAGGAAUUUAACGGUUAUUUGAAAUCGGCAACACAAGUGGCAAUAGCGUGGCGCUGCAAUCGGUUAAUUUCCCAUACAAAUCUUAUUCACCACUUGAAAUGUUUCAAUUCACCACUGACUGUGGCAAUAUGGUGUUUGGUGGCGUUAAUGUUGUCAUCGUGUAUUGGUUUGCAACCUUACUCAAGCAAAGAUUCCAAUCCUUACACAACUUUCCGAAUGAAAUUUGUUCUAGCCUGGAUGUCUGUUCUCUGUGCUGCAACGCCUGACAGCGUCAACAGACCAUCAACUGACGUCAAAUGAACGUGAACUUCAUCUGACUGUUCAUUUGGGCACAGAGAACAGACAUCCAAGUCCAGUUCCGAAACUGUGUAAGGAAUUUAACGACCAUUUGAAAUCGGCAACACAAGUGGCAAUAGCGUGGCGCUGCAAUCGGUUGAUUUCCCAUACUAAUUUAAUUUACCACUUGAAAUGUUUCAAUUCACCACUGACUGUGGCAAUAUGGUGUUUGGUGGCGUUAGUGUUGUCAUCGUAUAUUGGUUUGCAACCUUACUCAAGUAAAGAUUCAAAUCCUUACACAACUUUCCAAAUGAAAUUUGUUCUAGCCUGGAUGUCUGUUCUCUGUGAUUUGGGCUAACAUGGCGCACCAUGCUGUCGUUUGGCGGUGCGAUAACAGCAAAUUUGUUGCACUUACCGGACUUGCAGUUAAAAAGCAUUGCAGUUCAACCGUUUACACCGACCGAACGUCUACUGUAUAUCACAGAGAACAGACAUCCAAGUCCAGUUCCGAAACUGUGUAAGGAAUUUAACGGUUAUUUGAAAUCGGCAACACAAGUGGCAAUAGCGUGGCGCUGCAAUCGGUUAAUUUCCCAUACAAAUCUUAUUCACCACUUGAAAUGUUUCAAUUCACCACUGACUGUGGCAAUAUGGUGUUUGGUGGCGUUAAUGUUGUCAUCGUGUAUUGGUUUGCAACCUUACUCAAGCAAAGAUUCCAAUCCUUACACAACUUUCCGAAUGAAAUUUGUUCUAGCCUGGAUGUCUGUUCUCUGUGUGUAUAUGUAUACAGGAUUGCGAUAAAAUAUUAAAAAUAAAUAUUUUUGAUUAAAAAAAACCGAAGGUAAAUUUGGCUGAACCUUUUUUUUAAAUUCCCCUGCAGAAAGCUUAUAAUAGGGAUCAACUAUUUUAUUUCAGAAUCGCGAAAAUUUAAAUUUGACUUGCGGAUUUUUUAGACUAAUCGUAAACAUUUCUGUAAAUAUUAAUCAGAAACAUUUUCAAUCAGAUUUUCUGGAAUCCAAAUUGUGAGAUAUUCGAGGAGAAAUGUCUGUCGUAAAUCCUGGAUAAAUUGAUGAAGAGUUUACUUAAGGAAAUCUUGGAGGAUUUCCUGAUAGGGACCCUUACGCUAUUUUCAACGGUUCUCUUCGUCAUGAAGUUUUCUAAAUCCUCUUGAACUACAAAUUUUUCUCUUAACUUCUCUGUGGACGAAUCUGAAUGCCAUUGAUCUAAUAAUCAGUCUUUUUACCUAUGACAGGUUGGCAUUAGAAUCAAUACUUAUUCUAACUUAGUCCCUUAGUUAUUUCCGAUAGGUCUACCAUUCCGUUUUCUGCUUAAGCCCAGUUUCGAGUUCAACAGGAAUUGUUCAAGAAAUUUCUUGACCGAUUCCUGGCAGAAACUUUCUACGGUGACUGCCAUUUGAACUGUCAUUUCUUCGCAGCUGCGUACUGCGAUCGAAGAAAACACGGUUUCUUGAGCAAUUCAGGCGAGGAAUUUCCCAUGCAUCAAGAUAGGCUGAGAAAUUCCUUCUGAUCUGCAAACAGCCCUUUAUUCUUAAAUGGUUUGAAUAUUUAGAAAUCCCGAAAAUUUGUCGUUUCGUUCGCAAAAGUUUAACAUGAUAGAGCAAACCCGAGUGCCAUAGACAUCAGCAUCGAUGUAAAAGAACUCAUUUUUAAAAUAAUAAUCAUGAUCAUGAAAUUGACAAGUAAAAAUUCUAUUCAAGCGUUUGUGAAAUGGUAACUUCUUUCAUGAUGAUUAACCUAGGCUUGUUAGGGGAAUAUUUGUAAGUAAAAAGAAAAUCGUGUUAAGUACUGUUCCUUUGAAUUCCACUAAGAAUUUGCAUCCUUUGACAGAUACGUAUUUCGACCUCAACUGUAAGGUCAUCUUUAGUCAAGCCUAACUUUACCAAACACCGUAUCUAACAAAAUUCACGAACGGAGAAAGUCGAAGGGGAAGUUCGCUGUUCCCAUAGCAACUCAUACAUUGAGCAUUUCCGAAAUGUGAAAAAUCCGUUUUUUUACAAAUCAUCCCCAAAGGUGAGUAAUAAGUAGUCCUUAACGAAAUUCAGCGCCUCAUGCGAAAACCUCUAUUUUGUUUACAUUUGUUACAUACGGUGAUAAAGUUAGGCUUGCAGUGUCUUGUACUUGACUCGACUCAAGUACAAGAUACUGAAAACGACCUUACAGUUGAGCUGUCAAAGGAUGCAAAUUCUUAGUGGAAUUCAAAGGAACAGUACUAAACACGAUUUUCUUUUUACUUAACUUUUUUCAACUAUUUUUAAAAUAUGAUAUGAUCAAAAUGAAAAGACAAGCCAACCAUCAACUGACUUAUAUUAAGAAAUAAUGACCUAUUCAUACAAUGACAACUUCUAUAAUGACUAAUAAUUCAACAACGUAACUAGCGCUAUUUAAGUGUAAGCAUAAGCCGAUAUAAUUGCUAUUAGAGCCACGCGCCAACUGGUAGAAUGAGUUUUAUAACAGUGUAGUUGCAAAAUUUAUAAAAUAGCUUAGGAUUUGUUUUCAAACCAUCAAUAAAGGAAAUAAUACUGAAAAUAUA